GAGGGAUAUCAACCAUGGCGACACAUUUUGUAAUCUGUCUUGUUGCCUGGAGAUAAAUAAAAUGGAGUCGGAAAUCGCCUUUAAAAUCUUUCCCUCUGUCAGCCAUGUUGGCUCAAAGCGAACUGUCAUAUGAUGUUUAGAGACGUAUGAUGCGGGCCCACCUUGAUCCAAAAUGUCGUCAGCUGCGUCCUAACCCGAGUUAAGGACGUAACAGACUUUAUCCCGCGCCUGAUAUCUGUGACGCUGUUGCGGCGGACCGUCAGAGCUCGAGCUCGGAGCGGCAGCGGCGGGAGAGAAGUCAUCGCUUCUCCUGCUGCCAUUUAGCACACUGCGUAGGGUUACAGCAGGUUGAGCCUGGAACCAGCUGUCCUCCAAGAUGAACCCUUAUGAAUGAAAGUGAGCCUGUUCAGUAAGCUGUUAGCUUCCAGUGGUCAAAGCCAUGCCUGAAGAUUAGAGCCUCCUCUUGCUUACAGCAAUACGAAUAUACAGAAGAUUCUACAUGACUCUUCAUGUAGACCUUCCUGUGUUUGUCUUGCUGGAUUGAGUCCUUCCUCCCCUACUAUAAUAUCAGCUCUGUCCCUUUCAUACUGCUCCCUCUUGCACUUUCAUGUCCGCUUGGGAACAUGUAUCUGUAUUUGAGAACGGCUCCAACCUAGUCUCAUGCGUCCAAUGAGUGGAGAGUCAGACGGCCCUGCUCCUGAAAGAGUUUCGCGGGCCAUCUCUUUGUCAGGCCCUGUGUCCUCCUCGGAGAUGUCCUCACUGCAGUCACUAGGGCCAGUGCAGAGCUGGCUGGGUCAAGAGCUGGAGAAAUGUGGCAUAGAUGCCAUGAUCUACACCCGCUAUGUCCUUAGCCUGCUACUGCACGACAGCUAUGACUAUGAUCUGCAGGACCAGGAAAAUGACAUCUUCCUGGGCUGGGAGAAGGGAACAGCGAAGAAAUGGGGGAAGAGCAAGAGGAAGGGAGUGACUGACCUUAGUCUUGAAGAGAUGAAGAAACAAGCUGCUGUGCAAUGUUUGCGUUCAGCAUCAGAUGAAAAUUCUGGAAUUGAAAGCUUGGUCGAAGAGCUAUGCUCUAAGCUCAAGGAUAUUCAAAACAAACAGAAAGAAAAAGAAAAGCAAGCAAAUAAAAAAUGUGAUAUAUCUCAGUCUCCUGAGCCAGAUGAAUCAUUUUCUUCUAAGGACCAGGUUGAGAUGUACUAUGAAGCUUUCCCACCUCUCUCAGAAAAAUCUGUUUGUCUCCAAGAAAUUAUGACUGUGUGGAACAAAGCUAAAGCCUGCACAUAUUCCAGCUCAUCAUCAUCUGCUGUCCCUCAAACAAGCACAGACACAUCCUCUCCAAAAGACUGCACCAGCGAAGGUGAAGCUUUUAAAGACCGAACAGUUGAUGCACCCAGUUCCACCACCACAAUCAUCGAGAGGGCCCAGCAGCGACGCACUAAGAGGGAGAAGGAAAACCGUUUCCAUGGAAGUACAACAGGGGUGACUGACGAUCGGGUUCCUCCUCAUAGUAAGCGGCAGGCGAGACACCGGUCUGAGGGGAGGUUCCGUCCCAGAUCGUGGUCCUCUGGCUCUAGUGAGGCUGGCUCAAGCUCCAGUGGUAACCAGGGUGACAAGACCCCUAGUUGCAAAGCAGUCCGCAUAAGACACAAGUCUCGAGAGGUUAGCAGCAGAAACAAAAGAGGCCGCAGUGGUGGCGGACAGGUCAAACUGGCCCUUAAAGUCAUCGACAAAGAGCGGAAAAAUGCACGAGGCAACAUCAGUACCACUGGAGGCCCCUCUAAACAACAGCAGCACUACAUGAAAAAAGGCAAACGACCUCUGAGGGAGAUCCGCAAAGAUGCUAAUCUGGUUGAGGCACAGGAGUCAGGAGGAGAGGCCAAAAGAAAGGAAUAUAUGGAGGAGCCUCUUUGGUACACAGAGCCCAUCUCAGAAUACUUUGUCCCUCUUAGUAGAAGUAAAUUGGAGACAAAGUAUCGGAGUAAAGAAGACUCUUCCAAUGACUUAGCUAUGUCCAUUGAUGUGGACUGUCUGUCGGAGAGAAUUCAAGGAAUCUGCAUUGCAAAUUCUUGUUUUCAAAGGGCAUACCUUGCAGCAGGCACUUUUGUGGAUGGCCACUUCAUUGAAGUGCCUGGCGAGGGUGACCUUAGUGAAGAGGCUCCUGAACUGAAUGGGAUUCCAAGCUGCCCUCCUCCUGAAGAUGGUCAAAAUUUAGAUGACGAGCAUCUGUCUGAAUUCACUCACUUCUAUGAAGUUGAUCUUUAUCAAUCCAUAUUGGAUCCUAGUGCCUCAGAUGCGGUACAAGAAAGCCGAAUCCUGAACAUGAUUCGGCAGAAGAGCAUUGAGCGAAAACACUUUGAAGCAGGAUGUGUAGUUUUAGAUGGCCUUGAGCUGGAAGGGGAAAGUGCAAUAAGGGUUGAUUCUCUGGGAGCCUCAGAAGCAGAUGUUUCCAUCACACAAGAUAUGGAAAAUAUUGCCCAAGUCUGGGAGUGCUGUUCAUCAUCGAGCUUGGAAGAUUUGGAAGGGGAAAGCUGUCCGGGUGACUCUCCAGUCAGGUUCUCCCCAGUGUUGGACAGUGUUCCGUUUAACUUUAGCAAACUGUCUGGAGCUUUUGUAGGGCCUCAUCUCCAAGACGCUAGCAGUAGCAUCUCUGCCCUAAACUCCUGUUUUCCGCUUUUUGAGUUGCAGUACGAUAGCCCUUCCUUUUCUUUUCCCUGCGACUCGCUCACGGAGGGACAGGACAACAUAGAUUCAAGUAGCUGUUUAGAUCCACAAGGAAACAAACAAUCCCGUUUGCUAAUUUGGACCAAAAACAGUGCCUUUGAUGAAACGGAACACUGCUCUAACUUAUCAACGAGGACCUGCAGUCCUUGGUCCCACUCAGAGGAGACACGGUCAGACAGUGAACAGAUCAAUGCUCCAGCGGAUGAAUCUGCUCAGUUUGGCAGUGAAGAGGUCAGCUGUAUCUCCCUUAUCCCACCUUUAUGCCUAGAAGAAGAGCUUUUAGAUUUUUUUCAAGAGAACUCCAGUCACCAGCAGGAAGAAACGAGUGUAGGCACAGAGUCCAACCAGCCCUUCAAUAAGAAAUCGAAAUUGGAGUCUGUUUGUGGCAUAGCAUUAGAGCAGGAUGAGAGUAAACUCUAUAAUGCUGUUGUGUUUUCAGAUGUCCCAAAUCAACAAAGUGAUGAUUACACCUCAGGGAUAAUAAAAGACAUUUGGAUGGCUAUUGGAGACAGAGACUGUGUCUUAACACUCGGGGUAAAGAAUACAGGGGAGCACUUGUUUCCAGAGGAGGCUACAGGCUACCAAUGCAGCUGUCUCGACAAGGAUGUAAAAGGUGAAAUUAUUCAAAAGAAAGCUGUGCAGUGUUCUGAGUAUCAUCUUUGGGAUGGGCAGAAGGAGGACGAGGGACUUCCUAAAAACAAGCUCUCUAAAAUAAAUGAUGGGGAUUACACAACGCCGGCCAAGCCCUGGAAUUGUAAUUCACAGGACAGCACCUCUUUUAUCCUUGGUGGGGUUUAUGGAGAACUGAAGAGUCUAAGUGGUGACAGAGAAUGGGCUAUGAUUCCACCUGGUGAUGCUUGUGGCAGUUUGUUGCAGUGUGCAGCAGCCACAUCUUCUGACAUGGUAACCAUUGCCGGGGCGGAUGUGUUCAUGAACACAAGCAGUUGCUUUGCUCCUGGCCACAAGCCAUUGUGGAGGCCUCUUGUGUCCCUUGGUCAAAAUGAGCAGGCUACCAAGGGACCAGGGGAUGGUUUGAAUAAGGGAUUUUCUGUUGUCUUCCAUGAAGAUUUACUGGGAUCAUGCGGAGGCUUUCGUGGAGAAGAGUCAGGACUGGAUUACCCGUUUUCAUCCUUUGAUUUAAACAACCCUUUUUCCCAGGUCCUGCAUGUGGAGUGCUCCUUUGAGCCAGAGGAUAUGGCCUCUUUCAGCCCGGGAUUCAAGCCAAAAUCCAUAUUAUGCUCCGACAAUGAGCCCUUUUGCCCUUGGUUAUAUGGAAUCAACCGAACUCAGUAUCGGGCCAUUCGAAUUUCCCCAAGGACUCAUUUCCGGCCAAUAUCUGCCUCUGAACUUUCUCCAGGUGGUUGCAGUGAGUCAGAUGUAGAGUCUGAGAAAGAGGAAGCAAGUCUUCCAGUUGGUCAAGCAGACCUCUUUGAUGACCCACAGGCUGACCUCAAGCCUCUCGAGGAGGAUGCAGAGUGCGAGGGCCCUUACUACGGAAAAUCGGAGUUGGAGUCUGGGAAGUUCCUACCCAGAUUAAAGAAGUCUGGCAUGGAGAAGAGUGCCCAGACGUCGCUCGAUUCGCAGGAGGGUGGGAGCACCCUUCUGCCGAUUACUGAACAAGAGAUUUGCGUACAUUGUGAGACGGCAGCGGUUUCGGUGCCGUGUUCUAAUGUGCAGUCCUCUGUUCUUCAGCGAGAGGAAUCUAGCAGGGAGACAGAGUCUUGCAAAUGCGCUGCAUCUGAUCAGAGUCCAAAAAGUGAGAAGUCGCUUGAUGUUGCUCAAGAUAUGCAUGAGUUUCCUCUGAAUUUUGGAGAACAGUGCUCAACUAAUAUGCAGCAAGAAGAGUGCUGGUGGCAAAGUACUCUAUGUUCUCCUUUAUUUCCAGGUUCUCAGUGCAGAGGAAGCAGUAAUGUAUGAUUCUUCUGCUGAGCGUGGAGGCAUACCAAUGCUAAUUUCCUCCUAUCACUUUCAACCAAAAUCCAGAGGAGGGAUAGGAGGACCCUUACAAGAACAGUGAGCCCAGGGCCCGCAGUGGGCUCUGUCUUAACCACGCUGUCCUAAGCCCUGUUAUUCCUCAGUCAAUUCAUCUAAAACGGCGUAUCACCAAGAUGAAAGCAUAAAGAGAGGAAAACAUGGCAAUAGGUUGAACGUACAGUUAGAUGAUUCUGAUCAACAGCAUUUAUUAUAGACUUGUUUUCAGUCUGUUAAUUCCAAGGUUGAUCAAUUUUGAAAAGAAUAAAAAAGGCAUAGUUAAGCAUUAAGAUUGUUCUUUAAUUUACCCCUUAUAGAUUUUAGCUUCACUUUUAUGUUUGAUCUAGGAUACACUAUAACUGUGGUCCUACUGAUUGUGCAUGUGCUUGUGAACCUAGUCUCAGUCCUUCUAAUAGUCUAAGUUUCUGUGACCGAACUAUGAAUACUCAGAAGUCAGGUUGAAAGCACUACGAUUGCGACACCCCCUUCCCUAAUCAGAUAAUUUAGCGUUUUGCUUAUUUUUUUCCUUUUAAAUGACUUGUAGAGGAUAGAGUUGUGUGAGGUUUGGCGUGUUGAAAGAAAAAGUGCUUUUGUCCCAACCCCCCCAAAACCCUUUUGUAUUGUUACAUCAAUUAUUGGUUUUCCCCUUUAGUUCAAUGAUGCUUUGAAAGCAUCUUAAAGAUAUAAAGCAGGGUUAUGUUGAAGGUGUAAUAAUACAAUAAGCAAAAAAAAAAACAAUUAAAACUGAAGGCUCAAUGAAGAAAUAACCCCCUUGUCCUUGAAAUUCACAGUUGCUUUCUUUGCUCGAGUUUCCCUUUUAAGACAGCCAUUGUGGUAAAUGUUUUACAAUUUGCUAGAUUAUUUUGUCCACUUCAGGUUAAUUUUUCUUCUUUUUAUGCAUUUGUCAGAUGACUUGAUUUGCUAAGUCAACUUUCAUAAAAGUUCAUUUUGGAGAGAGUUGUGGUUUCAAAGGACCGUUUACGUUUUCCUAAAUACCAGUAUAGCAAAAUAUCUGGAAAGCAUGUGAAAUAUAAAUGCUGCAGAUAAAGGGUACAAGGAAAUAAUAAAUUUAGGGGGGUGGAAAUAGGUAACUGAAUAUUGUGACCCAACUAUACAAUUUCAUGUUAGUUGUUUCUAAGUCUUUAAAACUAUACAAUUUACACCAUACAGUUGAUCGUAUCUAUUAGUUGCAGUUUGAUAUUGUAGACAUCAUUUUAUGUAUUGUUUCUUUAAGUUUAGUGUAAAGUUUACAUAUUUCAGUGAAAUUUCUUCCCCUUCUUUACACAGCAAAAUUGUGACUACUGAUGAUUUGUAAUAUGGCUUCAUUGUUUAUUUUAUUUUUUUCACAUGAAAAGAAUUGAGUGUUUCCAGUAAUGGCAGUUGAUUGCUUGAAGGUUGAUUCUUUUCAUGUACUCUUCCUUCUACUUGUUUCAGAAAAAUGUGGCUGUUUCAUUGUGUGCUGAUGCAUCAUACUGAAGAGGGGUGUAUAAAAGCAAUAUAGUAUUUUGGCACACCAUAACUCUACAACCUUACAAUAUUAAUGUAUGUUUGUGUUAAAAUAUAUAUACAUAGGGUUUAUUUGUGACAUGUGUCCCCACACUGCAUAAGGCCCAAAUUACUUUUCCUACAAAGUUUGAUAAGUUGCUUGCCUAUAUAAUUUCUUUUGUGGCUGUGGAGUGAGAGGUGGUAGGGAUAUGGUGUUCACAAUGCAAAAUCCAGUCUGUCAUAAAUUUCAUUUUUGCUGUAAUACCAUCUUAUCCAUUCACUUUCAUCUUCACUCAAAUGGAUGUGUAGCUUGCCAUCUGCUAGCUUGAAUCUAACCUGGAUGAGUAUUUUCCCCCAUUUCAUUUUGUUUUGUUAUAGAUGUUAGCAUGAGAAAUUACUACAUGUAUGCUACAUCAGCAGAGAGUAAAUUGCUACAAUGUGUGAAAUUUGGCAACAUUUGCUUUUAGAGCACCCUCAAUGCUUUUUUUGUUUUGUUUUGUUUUUUUGUUUUGUUUUUUAAAUGUGUGCAUUCGUUUUCUGUACCAAUGUGGGGAAACUGGUUUUAAAGCAUUACUUGUUAAAUGUUUGUAAGGGGGAAUUUGAAUGUGGCAAUGAAAUAGAAAAUGAUAUCGCCCCAUUCAUCAUUGACCAAAAAUUUGAAAAUUCCUUAAUUGGGCACAAGGAUUUCAUUUAAUUUUCAUCAAAUGUCAAAUAAAAAAAAAAAAAAAAAAGAGGAAAGAAAUGGAAAAAAAUCAUUUAAAUAUGCUUAUUCCCCUUUGCAAGUGAGAGAGUGUAUUUUGUUGACUGCAGUCUUUACAGUAAGAUCUAUAGAGUAUUUUUGUAUUGGUGCUAAUAUUCAUACACUACAGCAAAGAUGUAAUCUUCAGAUGUGUGUAAGAAAAAAUGGCCACACAGUUAAUCCUAAAAGAUUUGUGCUUAUUUUAACAGAAACCGUUUGGGCCUUGUUCUUGAGACAAGUCAAGACCUAAAGUUUGUUAAAGUGCGUGAUCCAGGACUGUAGACCAUAACUUUGGAGAGAUGAUUUUGUAUGACCCAGUUUGAAACCGCUUGUGUGUGUUUCCCCACAUUAUUUGCUCAUUGUGGUUGUGGGAGUUUGAUUGUUUGACAAAGAUCAUAAAUGAAAUGUAUAGUGGUAGAAAGCGAGUGUGACGGCACAGUUAUUUUACUGUAUGCUAUAACUGGGUACAGCAGUGCGUAUAGACUCCUUUAUUGGAUUUGUAUUUAGUUGACAAAUAACAUGUUACAAUUCAAUUUAACUUUUCCAGUUCAAAAUACUGUCAGAUUCUGAAAUUCAAUUACACAUUGUUGGCAUCACUUUCUCUAAUCAAUACCUAAGUUAAUCCUUGUUCUGUCAAGCACUUUGAGUUAAAUAUUGCCGUCCUCCAAAAUUGUUACUUGCAUUAGUUGGGUUUAUAAGAUUAAGAAACUUGUUUAUGGUGGGUGGGUGACGGAGGACGAAAGUAUUUUAGAUUAUGAGAAAAUGCAUAAAUAUAGUAAAUGUGUUUGACAGUCAAAUAUAACAGAACAGCAUAGACAGAUUAUUUACUGUUAAAAAUUUGACAUGGUUCCUCUCUUAGUUUGAACAGACAAGUUUUAAAAUUUAAAAAAAAAAAAAAAAACUUUUUUUUUUUUGUAUUUUUCAAGUCUAGCUCUGUGUGCGAGGUUGGUAUGGUUGCUCAAGAAAGACCGAGUACUCAUGUCUGUGAGAGACUGAAAAUUGCAUUAUUUGCUUUUUUUUUUUUUUUUUUUCUCACAAAGGUUUUGGUUUAGUCAGUACGUUUGAAGAGGUUGACUUUCAAGUUCUUAAAGGUUUAAGUUUUGAUUGCAAUGUUGUAUAACUUUUAAUGCAGAACUCUCUCAGUUCCCUUAUUGCAACAGCUUCUUAAUUGAAGCCCAACCCUGGAUUUUUCCUCUGAAUACCUGACGAAAGUCACCAAACCCCAACACAAAGUUGGUUGCAUUGUUCUAAUGCCAUGUACAUCUGAGUACAUCAUUUUGUUUCAUUGUGAAGUUUCUAAACCUUUAAUAAACAUUUAAAAAAUC